AGGAGCAGGAGGGGAGGGAGGGGAGCGGCGCGGGGAGGAGUCUGCAAACUUUCGCUUCGAGGGCAUUGUGGGAAGCAGCCAUGGUCUGAGACGGGCACCUCACCUGUCAGCCGCUCCGGCUCCUGCGCUCGCCUCUCGCCCUCGCGUCCACAGCGCUCCUCUCUCGCCGGCCGCGGACGGCGGCGGCCCGGCCACCAUGGUUGUACAGAUUGGCUCUAGGGAGGUGAUGGGAAGGGAUAAAAAGUCUGACUCGUGUUUCAUGAGAAGCACUGUAGCGUGGUGGACAUGGGCUGGAUACUACGUCUGAUUUUACUCACUUCCUUUGUGGUCUUGACGAAAAGAUGAGGCCCAGAGAGGGGAGCUGACCGCUGAUUCAGUGUCACACCUGCCCUGGAAUUCCCACUGAGCCAUGCUGCCCCCGUGAAAGAGAAACUGGUGGGGAAGGAGUGCGUGUGACCCACCACAGACGGGUGAUGCGGUUCAAAGAGUCAGGAGGGAAGAUACAUUUCAUAUUGCUCUUCAGUCGACAAGGGAAAUUACGGCUGCAGAAAUGGUACACUACUCUCCCUGACAAGGAAAGGAAGAAGAUCACCCGGGAAAUUGUUCAGAUUAUUCUCUCUCGUGGUCAGAGGACAAGCAGUUUUGUUGACUGGAAGGAGCUAAAACUUGUUUAUAAAAGGUAUGCUAGUUUAUAUUUUUGCUGUGCAGUAGAAAAUCAGGACAAUGAGCUCUUGACGCUAGAGAUUGUGCAUCGUUAUGUGGAGUUGCUGGACAAGUACUUUGGAAAUGUCUGCGAGCUAGAUAUUAUCUUUAAUUUUGAAAAGGCUUAUUUCAUCCUGGACGAGUUUAUAAUAGGUGGAGAAAUUCAGGAAACAUCCAAGAAAUCUGCUGUCAAAGCCAUUGAGGAUUCUGAUAUGUUACAGGAGACAAUGGAAGAAUACAUGAAUAAGCCUACAUUUUAACCAAACACCUACUUGAUGACUCCAAGUGCUGCAUAUUAUGAACCUGUAAAUAAGCAGUGCCUUGCAUCCACUUAUUCGACAGAGCCUCUGGCACCACGCCGAAAAUACCUUAAAAGGGAUUUUUUUGUUAACUAGCAAAAAUUAAAAUUGUUUAACAUGUUUAUCAUUAUUCCUGUCUGUAUUAUACUGUAUAUGACUACUUGGAUGUUAAAAGAACUGCUUCAUAGCUCAAUAGGCUGAAUGUUUGCAAUGUUUUAACUCCAUGUCAUAUUUUUUAGCUAAUUUAAAUAAAUUUAUUGCAAUAUGUUUGGUUGCAUUUGAUCCUCUACUGACAGGAAGAAAACUGUAUUGUCAUAAUGCAUGAUUUUGAAUGUAAAGUACGUCUUGUAUUAAUAAUACUUUUUCUCAAUGUUUAGCUUUUUGAAUUGUAUAAUGAUUCAAAAUUAUGUUAAUAGUUCAGAGUUCAUACAUGAUGCUAAGACAUUUUUAAUACACUUAAUACUGUAAUUUCAGUCCAGAUACAGUGUAUCUGAUUUUAAUGUCCUGAAUUCAUUAAUUUUUCAGGGCUGGAAUUAAGGACAACAACCAAAGAUAGUAUAGGACUUAAGUGUUUUUGAUGCCUUGGAAGCUGCUAUCUAGGCUGAGGUUUUAAUUUUGCCUUUUAAUUGAAUAUAAGGGGCAUUCCAAUACGGUUGUGUUUUCUACAAACUCUAUGUAUUUAUUAAGGUUUUGAGACAUCUGAAAAAGUGUCUAUAACUUCCUUUACUAUAAAAAUAGUAUAAUAAAGAUUAAGAACAGUAGGAAUAAUAAUUAUCAGUACUACUAUUUUAAUAAUCUUUUGUGUUACAAGCACCCUUAGUUGCUUGAGAGAUUUUUGUUUUCAGUAUGUUUUCACGUGUAUCUAAUAUAUUUGAAGACACUGUUUAUUAGGCUUACCUGGAGCAUUUAAUAUUAUUGCAGCCUAUGUAGUAGGUGCCUUUCCUCCUUUUUCUUUCCUCAUCUCCCAAAGAAAAUAUUUGCUGCUGACUGUUAUUACUGUGAGUAUGUCACAUUCAUGCUUCCUGGAAUGACAGUUCUAUAUCAUCAGGUAGCACAAGUGAUCAGACAUCCUAGGGAAAUAGCUUGCACUAUUCUGUCUGGUGGCCCACUUUUGAUGUCUUACCUGUGCAUUUUCAGUGUUAGUUUUGAGGUCAAAUAUCAUAUUGCAGUGGUUAGGGCCCCUCUGGUAUUCUUCGUAAGAGAAGAGUGUGCUUGCUGUUGGAGAAUCCAACAUGAGGGAAAAAAGUCCUCUUUGAUUCAUCUUGCUAGACAUAUUGGCAAGACAAGAGUGGAAGAACAUGAGGAAAAAUUGACCAACUCCAAAAUAUAACCAUUUUUAGAAGGAAAUAAGUCAGAUUUGUUUAUGAUGUAAUUAUGGGGCUUUUAAUAUUUAAUAUUUCCUCCAGUUAAUCAUGUAUUUACAGUUGGGGCAUCAGAUUGAAGUGUGUCAUUUUUAUCACUUUGUUUACUUUAGAUCUUCGAUUUCGUGCUUCAGUUUUUUUUUUUAAUAUGGCAGAACUCUUUAUUUUAAAAAACCUUGUGUAAGGAUAAACUUUAUGUAAAUUGCUCUCUUUUUCUGGUUCUUUGGAAGUUCAUCCAGAAUUCCGCCAUUUUUGGAUGAAGGUAUUGAUUGAACCUCAUUCAGAUGUACUGCACAUAUUUGGGGAAUUCCAUGCUGGACACCGUCUAGCUGUAGAUGGGGUUCCUCAGACUUCAUGUCAGCAGCCAUGCAGUGUGAACAUAACUAUAUGGCACUCGGGUAAAUUCAAGGGAUUUGGGGGAAUCUUACAUGGAUUUUGGUGGAAAUAAUCAUUGUGUUUUCUUUAUAUCAGAUAAUUAUAAUAAAACUAUCAGGGGAAAGUAAAGAUAAUAAAUAUUAAACUUGUAUAAAACUUCCAAAUAAAAAUAUUUUUAAGUUUUUUAUAUGGGAAUUUGAGUGUGUUUUUAUGAAUAUAAUUUUGUUUAAAAAAAUCAGAUUUUGGGACUUCCUUGGCGGUCCAGUGGUUAAGAUUUUGUCUUCCAAUGUAAGGGGUGUGGGUUCAAUCCCUGGUCUGGGAGCUAAGAUCCCACAUGCCUGGCGACCAAAAAACCAAAACAUAAAACAGAGGCAAUAAGUAACAAAUUCAAUAAAGACUUUAAAAAUAGUCCACAUCAAAAAAAAAAAAAAUGUCUAAAAGAAACCAGAUUUUAUGCUGGAAAUUGCUACCCAUAAUUUCCUGGUGAAGUCUUUCUAAUAUAACCUCUUACUUUUCCAGGCAAUACCAUCAAGGAGCAACUUCAUAAGCAGGUGACAGCAAAUGAGAGAAGAGAAUUUAUUGUUUUGCUCCUAUUGGCUUUUUUCUCACCAUUUACCCACAUUUUGAUAAUUUGAUCUACUUUCAUGUGGUUAGUGACUCAAUCAAGUCUUUCAAUCUAUUAACUCCUUUUCUUUCAUUAACAAAAGUAAAGUUGACAUUUCUUAUGAUAAAUCAAGUGAAUUUUUAAUUCAAACUUUUUCCCAUAUCAAGUCUCCUAAAACAGUAUAAAACUUUUUCAUCAAACAUACACAGAUGUUGUUCUUCUACACCUAGUAAUUCUUGUAACACC